AACUUCCACCACGUCAUGCAGAGGAACUUCCAGAACCUGGGGCCCAUCUACAGGGAGACGGUGGGCACCUACGACACGGUCAAUGUCUUCCUGCCCCGCGAUGCCGCCCAGCUCUUCCAGUCGGAGGGGAUCUUCCCGCGCCGGAUGGGCAUCAACUCCUGGGCGGCUCACCGGGAAAUGAGGAACCACAAACAGGGCAUCUUCCUCCUGAAUGGGGAGCAGUGGCGUUCAGACCGGCUGGUGCUCAACAAGGAGGUGAUCAGCCCCCUGGGUACCCGCAAGUUCCUGCCCUUCCUCAACACGGUGGCCGAGGACUUUGUCGACUUCAUGCACCGGCAGGUCAGGAAGAACACCCGGCGCUCACUGACCAUCGACCUCUAUCACGACCUUUUCCGCUUCACCCUGGAAGCUAGCAGCUAUGCUUUGUAUGGGGCACGGCUGGGUCUCCUGGAAGAGAACCCCAACCCCGAAUCACAGAAGUUCAUCAGCGCCGUGGAGACCAUGCUGCAGACCACGCUGCCCCUGCUCUUCGUUCCUCCGGGCGUCAUGCGCUGGGUGAACAAUAAGCUCUGGCAAGACCACAUGGAUGCCUGGGAUGCCAUCUUUUCACAUGCGGACAAGUGCAUCCAGAACAUCUACCAGGAGUUCUGCCUGGGGCAGCCCCGCAAGUAUUCUGGGAUCAUGGCCGAACUGCUGCUGCAGGAGGAGAUGCCCCUUGACUCCAUCAAGGCCAACAUCAUCGAGUUCACUGCGGGCGGCGUUGACACGACGGCGGUCCCGCUGCUCUUCUCCCUCUUUGAACUGGCCCGCAACCCCAGCGUCCAGGCGGCCAUUCGGGAGGAGAUCAAGGCCGUGGAGAAGCAAGGCUUCGGGGAGCUGUCAAAGGUCCUCAACAGCUUGCCGCUGCUCAAGGGAGCCAUCAAGGAGACUCUCAGGCUGUACCCAGUGGGCAUUACUGUCCAGCGUUAUCUGACCCAAGACGUGGUGCUCCAGAAUUACUCUGUACCAGCAGGAACCUUGUGCCAAGUGGGCCUCUACUGCUUGGGACGGAGCCCCGAGGUGUUCAGCAACCCGGAGCGCUAUGACCCCACUCGCUGGCUGGGCAAAGAGGACAACAACUUCAAGGCUCUGUCCUUUGGUUUUGGGUCGCGCCAGUGCAUUGGGCGGCGACUGGCCGAAUCGGAGAUGAUGCUCUUCCUCAUGCACGUCAUACGGAACUUCAAGAUCGACACCGUCUCCAAGGCAGACAUCAAUACGAUCUACAGGUUCAUCCUCAUGCCAGAGAAGCCCCCUUUGCUCACCUUCCGGCCCAUUGACUAG